AUGUUACCAAUUUUAUUUUUUAUUAAUAUUAUUUAUUUGGUAUCUGGUAAACCAAAAGAUUCUAUACAUAUUAUGGAAGAUUUACCCAUUGGUACAUCCAUAUAUACAUUUUCAACUGAUGGUUGUAAAACAGCAAAUAAUGCUGGUACAUAUCGUUUUGUUGAUAGUCAAAAAAAUUCCAAUGAUUUUUUUCUUAUUGAUCCAUAUACGGGACGUGUAACAACAAAAAAAUUAAUUGACCGAGAUGAUUUUUGUCUUCGUCAUGUAUGUUCAUGUUCAAAAUGUGCAAUAACACUUGAAGUUUUAUGUGUGAAUAUGGGACAAAUAUAUUUUAAUGAUUUAUCUAUUAUAAUUGAUGAUCGCAAUGAUCAUUCACCACAAUUUCCUAAAACAGCAAUCGUUAUUGAUGUUUUAGAAAAUGUACCUAUUGGCUAUUUAAUUCCAAUUGAUAUAGCUAUUGAUAUUGAUUAUGGAAAUAAUUCUAUACAAGGUUAUCAUCUUUUAGAAGAUAAUUCAACAAAUAGAAUUCUUAAAGCAUUUCAAAUUGAAUAUUCAAAGAAAAACGAUUUACUUGCAUUACGUCUUAUUAAAAUACUUGAUCGAGAAUUAUAUGAUUCAUUAGAAUAUGUUAUACAAGCCUAUGAUGGUGGACAACCACAAGCACUUAUAGGUCGUUUAAAUAUUCAUAUAAAUAUUCUUGAUGUUAAUGAUAUGUCACCAGCAUUUGACCAUUCAGAUAUUCAUGUACUUUUAAGUGAAUCAAUAUCAACUGGUUCACUUGUUGCACGUGUACAUGCAUUAGAUGGUGAUACUGGUCUCAAUGGUCUAAUUGAUUAUACAAUUGUUUCAUUAGAUCCACCAUCAAAUGGAACAUUUCUAUUAUCAAAAGAUACAGGUGAAAUACGUCUUGGUAAACAUCUUGAUUAUGAAAAAGAAAAAUCCUAUCGAAUUAAAAUAAAAGCACAAGAUAAUGGACCACAACAAGGUUCAGUACCAGCAUUUGCUAUGGUCUAUGUUGAUGUCAAAGAUGAAAAUGAUAAUUAUCCAUUGAUUGCACCUACAUUCAAUGAUGAUAAAAUUGCAGGUGUUGGACAUGUAAUAAAUAGUAGUAUUAUUAAAAUUCGUGAAAAUACUCCAAACGGAACAUUUCUCGGUCAUGUCUCAAUUAGUGAUCUUGAUCAAGGUAAUAACGGUCGUAUAAGUUGGUCACUUGAGAGUAAUGAAUCGAUUUCUAUACAAAAAUUAUUUAAUAACGAAGCUUUUCUCAUGUUUACAUCAAGAAUAUUUGAUCGUGAAGAACAAUCACAAUAUAAUAUCUAUCUUACAGCACAUGAUCAUGGUAUACCAUCAUUAUCCAAUACAUUAAAUUUUACAUUAAUUAUUUUGGAUGAAAAUGAUAAUUCACCUAAAUUUGAUAAAGAUUUUUAUUCAAUAAAUAUAACAGAAACAACACCUAUAAAUACAACAAUUUUAUAUUUUCAUGCAAUAGAUAAUGAUGAAAAUAAUACAUUAAAUAGUCAAAUUGAAUAUCAUAUAAGUAAUCAAACAAUAUUCUCAUUAAAUUCAACAACAGGUGAAUUAUAUUUAAUUAGUACACUUGAUCGAGAAGAAACAUCAACAUAUGAAUUUGAUAUAACUGCAUUCGAUCAUGGUCAACCUCAACCUUUAUCAUCAACAGUUCGUUGUUUUAUUAAUAUAAUUGAUAUAAAUGAUAAUUAUCCAAUAUUUGAUCUAUCAGAAUAUGUAUUUGAAAUACCAGAAACAUGGUCUAAUCUUUCACCAAUCGGUCAUGUUCAUGCAAUAGAUGCUGACGAAUAUUAUAGUGAAUUAUCUUAUACAUUAGUAAAUAAUGAGACAACAAUGACUGAUGAAUGGCCAUUUGAAUUGACAUCAAAUGGAACAUUAUAUCUAAAAGCAACAUCUGUUGGAAUUGAUUAUGAACAACGUUCAAUUUAUCAAUUUUUAAUUAUAGCUAGUGAUCAUGAUGGUCUUAAUACAAGUGUACCUGUUAUUAUUAAAAUAUUAAAUCGAAAUGAUUUUUGUCCGGAAUUAAUUAAUAAUUCGACAGUUUUAUUUUUUAAUAAUGAUCUUUGGUCGAAUAAUUCAAGUGAAAAAUUGAAUCAAUUUUAUUUAGAUUUAUAUGAUGGUGAUAAUGAUACAUGUUUAAUAGAAUUACUUAAUUUUAAGGAUAUAUUUCAUAUUGAACGAAUUGAUUAUAAUGAAUUUUUAUUAUAUGCACAUAUAUUACCUGAACGUGAAUAUUAUGUGCUUCAAUUUCGUCUUCGUGAUCUUAUUAAUGAAACAAUUGAUCAAUCAUGUAUUCGAUAUAUUGAAUUAGUUUUAACAACAGGUACAAAUGAAACAAAUCAAACUGUUGCUAUAGAUACAGCACGUGAAUAUUUAGAUGCACUUCAUUUUAUAUCUCAACAUAAACAUUCAUAUUUUGAUUUAACAUUACUUAAUGUUAUACUUAUUUUUAUUUUAUUAUCAAUUGGUAUUAUUGUUGGAUUAAUUUCAAUAAAAUUAAUUUAUCUUUCAUCAAAUUCUCGUCAUAGAAAAAAAUUACGAAAUCAUCAUAGACAUGAUACAAAUUUACUUUAUCGUCUUCAAAGUCCAACUGAAACACAAUUACCGUUACUUGCAAAUGGUCCUGGUGAACAAUCAUUGACAUCAUCAUUGAUUAUGACUGGUAAUAACAGAUUAAUUCACGAUGAAAAUAUUAAUCAUUCUAUUGAUGGUGAUGAUGAACAACAACAGCGAUUAUUAUGUCAAAUAAAUCCAAAUUGUUCAUCAAUAAAAAAACAUUCAAAUGAAUUUAAAACAUUUGCAUUAAGAUCUAAUAAUAAUGCAUAUGAUAUAAUUGGAGAUAUUAUUCAUUCCAGUGCAUCUCCAUCAUCUUCAUCUUAUCCUCAUAAUCUUAGUAAUGAUUAUGAAUCAACGUCAUUAAAUAUAGAUCAACAACGUUUUCUUCCAUUCACAAAUCCAUCGAAUGUUAAUCUUUCAUCUGAUGGUCAACUAAUGACUGUAACUUAUUUUUCAUCAUCAUCAACAUCAACACAACCUGAUUCGUCAUUAUCAUCGUUAAAUACAACAACGCGAACUUUAAAAACAUUUUCAUCGAUUUCUACAGCAAAUGAAUCAUCAUCAAUGAUGAGACCACGACUUGCUGAACAAGAAGUUAUUGAAGUUUAA